GCAGCGCCGCGCCGGAGGAGCUGCCGCGGCGGAACAGUUGCGUCUCCAUCUGGCCACCAACCCACCCAAGCUUUCUUCGCCUUCACCACCACCUUCCUUCCCCAGCCCCCAACCCCCCUUCGCCCUCUCCUUUCCGUCUUCCCUCUCCACCCCCGCCCCUAGUCUCCUCCUCUUUUUCUCACUACAAGCGGCCGCUGAUGCUGAAGCCGAGCGUCACUUCGGCUCCCACGGCAGACAUGGCGACAUUGACAGUGGUCCAGCCGCUCACUCUGGACAGAGAUGUUGCCAGAGCAAUUGAGUUAUUGGAAAAACUACAGGAAUCUGGAGAAGUACCUGUGCACAAACUACAGUCCCUCAAAAAAGUCCUUCAGAGUGAGUUUUGUACGGCUAUUCGAGAGGUGUAUCAGUACAUGCAUGAAACGAUAAGUGUUAAUGGCUGCCCUGAGUUCCGUGCAAGAGCCACUGCAAAGGCAACAGUCGCAGCUUUUGCAGCUAGCGAAGGCCACUCCCACCCUCGGGUAGUCGAACUGCCAAAGACUGAUGAAGGCCUUGGCUUUAACGUGAUGGGAGGAAAGGAGCAAAACUCCCCAAUUUAUAUCUCCCGCAUCAUUCCCGGAGGGGUGGCGGAAAGACACGGAGGCCUCAAAAGAGGAGACCAGCUGCUCUCGGUGAACGGAGUGAGUGUGGAAGGAGAGCAUCACGAGAAAGCUGUGGAACUGCUCAAAGCUGCUAAGGACAGUGUCAAGCUGGUGGUCCGAUACACCCCAAAGGUCCUGGAAGAAAUGGAGGCUCGUUUUGAAAAGCUACGGACAGCCCGGCGUCGGCAGCAGCAGCAACUGCUCAUUCAGCAGCAACAGCAAACACAGCAAAACCAUAUGUCAUAGGCCUUUGAAGAAAAGCUACUUGAUCAAACACCUGACAGUCACAAAUCUGAAACCGUGCUUCAGAACCCCAGCACAUAGUGAAGGCAAAAGGCAACACUGAUAAUUAUACCUGUCAAGAAGCUGUGAACACAUGGUGUAUAAAAUCUUUACCAAGGCAACUCGACACUUUCUUUCUCUGGGCUUGAACCCCCGCUGCUCACGUGCUCAGUACACACGUAGACCUUCUAUUCACUGCAGUGGGAAUUCUCAGUGUAGAGAGAGACAAGGAGGUUUUCCAGUCUGCAGACUGAAAGAGUACAAGCAGAAUAAAGUCUGUGACUUUUUACCAAAU